CGACCACUAAACUGAUACUACCAAGGCCUUUGUUGUUGGCGCCGAAUAAUGUUGGUGGUACGUACUUCUCCAGUAAGACUUCGUCUCCACACUCCACCCUCGUCCAACCCUUCGACCUUUCAACUUUUCUUCCAACCUCCCACCUUCUUCUACCACAAGAGUACAAGAAGGCCCCUGUGGAUCCCCAUUUCAAUCUAAUCCUCUUCGAUCUUAUACUACCUUUGGCAUCGAUCUUCGUUUCCAUCCAUAUAAGCUUGUUUCGCGCCGACGCGACCUACUCGACCUUGUCUUCUGUUGAGACAAUUCACCCGCCAGCCUCGACAAUAUGACGGAGGUGUCCUCCACGAGGCUCUACUUGGGCAACCUCCCUCGCGAUGCCACCAAGGCUGACGUUGAGGCCCAUUUCGCCACUCAUGGCACCGGUACAAUCAAGGAGAUCAAGCUCAUGAACGGCUUUGGAUUCAUCGAGUACGAGGAUGCCAUGGAUGCCCGAGACGUAGUUCCUGCUUUCCAUGGCUCCGAGCUCAAGGGCGACCGCCUGACCGUCCAGUUCGCCCGCGGAUCGCGCCAGCGCGACAACUUCGCCGCCACCGACCGUACGGCCCCGCGCCCCAGACGCACCCCACACAGGAUGCAGAUUUCGGGACUCUCCGGCGAAACCAGUUGGCAGGACCUGAAGGACUUUGCGCGUCAGUCCAGCCUCGACGUCGUCUACUCCGAGACCGGCCGCGACCGUGACGGCAAGGGCUUCGUCGAGUUUGAAACCGCAGCCGACCUCCGCACCGCUGUCGAAAAACUCGAUGGCCGCGAAUUCAAGGGUGCUCGCGUGACUUGCACCGCUGAUACCCAACCCGACAUGCCCCGCGACCGCCUCCGCUCCCGCUCCCCCCCCGCCGCCCCUAUCCCAGCGACGACUACGACCGUCGUCCCCGCGGCUACUCCCCCCGCCGCGACGGCUACCGCGACCGCUCUCCCCGUCGGGACUACUACGACGACCGCGGGCGCUACGGACGCUCGCCUCCGCGCGCUAGGGGACCGAUGGACGAUUAUCCGCCGCCGCCUAGGAGGGGGCCGUAUGAUGACCCGUAUAGGGGCGGGUAUGCGCCGCCGGUGGAUCCGUAUAUGAGGGGGGGGGAGUAUGGGAGGCCGCCGGUUAGGGAGUUUGGGAUGAGGGAGGCGGGGUAUCCGAGGGAGUAUGAUAGGAGGUAUUGAUAUGCUUGACCUGUUUGUCUGGGGUUGAGUGGGGUUGUUGGGUACCUGGGGUGAGGUGAUACUGGAUGAGGAAUGAGGGAUAGGGGAUUAGGAUGAAGGGCGUCGCUUUUCUUUGCUGCUAUGAUAUGAUACGUAUAUCCGAAUGGAUGGGUUCGGUGAAUGGGUCGCUCGGUCGGUCGAGCUGGGAGGGACGGGGAUGAAAACUUCACCUACAAAACGUCUUGUGGGCGGAUUUGUUUUCUCCCUUUUUUAUAAAAAACAGAUUGAGCAGUUUUUUCUUGCGCUUAGCUAGCAUGCAUGGAUUCUAUGGCGGAUAUUGAUUUCGGGGGGUUUUUAUGGGAUUCUCUUAACUCCGGCUCUUUGUAUAUGAUUGUUUGUUGUUUUUGUCCUGAUCUGUGUUCUUUGGUGCAAUCAAUGUGGGUGGUUGUCCUUGAUGUUGGUCCUGGGGGGUGGUAUAAGAUGUAUUUCUUGCGCAAACUGGAACCAAGACCUACCUCUGUGACAGAACCAUAGCCGGGGAAACAAAAGUCCACGCAAAACAACACAACACACGGACCAAAAACAGUCUACACGCAGACCACAGGAAGCAACUUUUAGGCUAGGACGGUGGAUAAAAAUAGCCUUGAAAUUGAAACCACAGCCUCUAUUCGAUCUUCGCUUGCAGCGAGGUGGGAUGGGCAUAGGCGGAGGGAGUGAUGGGUCUUAUUUUAUCAGCCUUAAUUUUUUACACGCUUUGUUUUCGUUUUCGUUUUCGUUUUCGUUUCUGCUUAUGCAUUUCUGACUUCUGAUAGCAACGCACGUAGGCCAGAUAGCUCCGUGGUUUUACUAUACAGGCAUAUUUUUUGACCUUUUUUUAUCUGAGCCUGUGAAGGUGGGUGAUUGAUGGUGAAAUCACAAAGACGGAAAGAUCUGGCACACAGGAAAUGUAAUACUCUUAAUCCC